UCUUUUUUUUUGUGCAUUGUAUUUCUUCCAUUAUGUUAGUCAUAUACAUGUUGACAUACUUGUUUUGGGAAUUAGAUGAUUUGGCAGCCAUAUACUGAGGCGGUGAUGGAUCGACUUCCGGAGAUUUGUCGCUCAGACAUGCACAUUUGGCGUUCACGGGCACCUCUGAUAUGCUUUGACGUCGUUGAGUUCCACCUCCCAGACCGAGUCCUUCGUCAGUUCGGGUUAGACCAGCCGAUCCCACAGGAUGUAGACACGGACGUUGCUCUACACAGGAAGGAUCGAAGGGGACAGCGUAAUUGGGAGAUUCGGCAUUCGGACCAUGUACACGAGUGGAGUCGACGAGAGGCAUUAGUCGUCCAGGGAUACCCGUUCACUGGGACUUCUUCCCCGGCCAUGACAGAGUACAUGGCUUGGUACCGUCGCAUCAGAGACUGGUCAUUACUCCACCUUCGCAGGAGCGCCCCCCGAGUCAUUACCAACCAGCUACCUCUGACCUCCUGCUUGCACAUGCAUUUGCUGAUUUGCACGUCCAGCUAUCGGGAGCUACUGAGACCAUCUCCCACUUGCCACCAGAGACGGCUAUACCAUUUGCCAUACAGACGAUGCAGGGUUUUACAUCAUUUUGUGGCCAAACCUUGUCUAGGGUGGGGCAGUCACACCUUAUUCAGCAGCCUCGACCGUCCACGUCUUCAUCUUCUACUGUGCACACUAUGCCGAUCAGACCACCACCUCAUCGUGGAGGCCAUUCAGCACGUGUCUUCCGUCCACCGACUCCUUCUCAGCAUACUAUCAUGACAUCUCCUCCACUAGUGCAUCGCCAGUAUCAGAGAAACCGACGGCGUAGCAACACUACGUCUGGGGUUGGAGUUGGCCUGGAUGACAUUCCAGAGGAGACAGCUGCAUCAUCUUCAUCGUCACCUCAUGGGAAGAAGCAACGCCCGAGCUAAGUGUAUAUUUUGGAACUAAACUAAUUUUUUUGUAAAUGCUUAGAAUUGGAUUUUGUUAUAUUUAAUCAAUUGAAAAAUAUUCGACUUUGCAA